AUGGUUAAUCUCGCAAUAGUCGGUCCUGGUCUUGCAAUUACUUGCACCGGUUUGAGCAUUGCUGGAAUUAUAUUCCUUCUUGUUCUCGGUGCAUUAUUCAAAGCAGAGGUCGAAGGCUUGACCGAGUCGACAACGGAUCCUGAUGACCCUCAGGCUGUUGCUUGGGCAUGUUUUAUGGCUGCCGGAAUAUAUGCGGGACUUUUCUUAUGCUGUGGAUGUCAAGCCAAAGGGAAAAAGAGAUGGGGUUCUGUUGAAGGCAAAGUGAAGAAACGACGUUAA